CCUGCACGUCGCUCAGUCCUUGUUUUUCUGUAUUCUGGGUCCGGGGAUAAGAAUAGUGGAGCCAAAGCUUGUCAAGGCAACGAUCUGGCACGUGCUUUCGCGUUUUAGUGAAUACCCCACAUCAAACUUUCGCGUCAACUUGACCCUCACUAAACCAUGGACGAGCGAAAUCACACGACAACCACGAGACGAGCUUCAACUGUGUUUGACAUCUACAGCAACCUAGAUGUCGUUGUUUGGUGGUGACAGCAGCGCGCCGCCGACCGAAUCUGAGUAUGAAUCUGGAAGCGACAACUCGGCGUCUCCUAUCGCGCGGUCGCCGCCCAGCACAGGCCUGGGAAGUCCCCCAAGCGCACAACAAUCACAAAGUCUGCCUGGUAUCCCCGAAGUUGGAGCUGAAGGUGCAGCUGAAGACUUAGCCGGCAACGACGCAGACAGCGAAGAGUCUGACGACGAAGAGCCAGAACGACCCAACAAAUUCAAAGGGCCGUCGCGUACAUGGAACGGAUACACUGCAGCAGAUCGACAAAUCGUAGAAUCGCUCCAGCAGAUUGAAGACAACGAUCUGGCUGCCCAUCUAUACAAUGCACAUGCUCUGAAGCGUCGCGCGCGGAGACCUACGACGGACUUGUCGACGACACACGGCUGGCAGAAUAAGGAUGUUUGGCUGAAAGAAGUGAAGGACCUGCAAUACGAAGAUGCUGCAGGGCAGUUGCAGACGGAGCUGGUCCCUGCAAAAGACUGGACGGCGUGGCCGCUGCCUCCUCCUUCGCUCCACAGCCUCAGAAACGGAUUCAGAUGGACCACAGCGGCCGCCGAAGAGGAUGAGUGGGCCAUUGGUGGUAGCGGCGUACAUAAUCCAGGAGAGGAGCUGAAAGACGAGAUGCUGGGUCUAUUUCUACGGCUGGCGAAAGACAACUGGACUGCGAAAGAAUGGCAAGACGAUGGUCAGCGAAGCUCGAAGAACAGCGCUCGACUGGUAAAAAAUCUACAACCGCAAAUUGUGCAUUCGGACGUUGAAAUGAAGGAUGACAUGGCGUUCGAGUCUCCCAAUGAUGAAGGAGAAGAAGCUCAGAAAGACGGAGUGAAGCGUGGCAGAAAAUCUCAAGUGGAGCUGGACAUCAAGCCAGCCAUUCUUGCAGAUGACGAUAAAGCACAAAAAUUGCUACGGCCGACAAUUGCUUCGAUACUCAACCAAAUCGACGAUGUUGCGCUAGCACUGCAGCGAACGCGACACAAUCACUUUGGUCAUGGAGGUUUUGAUGACUGGUCCUCGCAAAGUGAGUUUACAACAGAUGCAGAAACAACAGAACGAGAGUCAAUAUCCAGGUCGCAGUCUCGAGCGACGCAUGCACCCCGGAGCAAGCCAAUGACAUUACAGGCAUUACGUCUAUCUUCUAGUCGUGCCAGCCGUGCUCCGAAGUCUCCCAAGAAGCCUCUGAAACCCACAGCGGAUCUUGAAGACAGUGACUCAACCUCGGAUUACGGCGCACAAUUUGCAAAGGACGACGCGCUCGACUCUGCAGCGUCUCGUAGCCCGACAGUACAUCGAAAGCGGUCCAGAUCAGAAAGCACGGCGGACGAAAAUGACAUGUCGAAUACACGCGACUGGACACGGGCAGGUCUCAUGGAUUGGAGCGAAGUUCUCGGGGUUGCAGCAGUAAAAGGCUGGGACCAAAAGGUCCUUGCGCGGACUGCAGAGCGUUGUGCAGCACUCUUCGGAGAGAGCAUGUCAUUCAUGCCCUUUCACGAAGAUCUUGCAACCGAGUCUAAGACAGAACUUGUACAAUACACCCCAGCUACUCAUCCAGCACCAGACACGUCAAUCGCCGGUGCGACCCGUCCCACGAAGAGACCAUACUGGCAAGCAGGUACAUUGCGCUGUCCCCAUGCCGAUUGCGAUGGGUAUCACAAGGAUUUCCGGUGGUCGCAUCGUGUCAUCGAGCACUGUUUGAGAGUCCAUGGUUAUGAUCCUCGGACUAACAACUCUGACAAUGAAGAGCGGGAAUAUGGAGGUGUUCACAUAGAUGGUUUUUUGCAGCCUAUCGCAGCAAAGCAAGGAUGGCUGGGACGUGGAAGGUCAAAGGCGGGAGGCAAGAAGAGAAAGACAGGGAAGUCCGAUGCUGCAGAUGCCAUGAAGGUUGAAGGAUUCGAGGAAGAAGCGAUUUGAUUAUAUACCCAGUGUAGCACAGGAAUCUGCCAAUGAUCAUACUAGCAUGGUCUGUCACUGGAGCCCGCCGUUAAUCCCUGGCCCCACAGCAGAGCUGCGGGAGCUAAAAUAGCGUGCCUCCCACGCGUCCGACGCGACGGGGCAUUCCUCCGUUCCAGGCGCACAUGCUCCUCUUGCGGUAGCCAUCUGCCGUCAUUGUUGGUUAAAAUAUAUUUUUUACAGCACCCAUAUUUCACAUCUAUAGCUGCACAUCGUUGUUCUGUGCAAAGCUAUAUACGCCUUGGCAGCUAGCUGCUAUGUCCUCAUACAGUAACGAGUAUCGUCAGAUGCAUU